UUUUCUGUUUUGUUUUUUUGUUUUAAUUAAGAAAACUAUAUGUAUAGCAUUUUGGUUAUAUUUGUUAUAAUCCUUGAGUCUCUGAACAAAUUGAAGGGUCACUGAAUAUCAUGUAGAUGGAUUUCGGUUUGAUCUUGCCAGUGUUCUUUGUCGAGGAAUAGACGGCACUCCACUUGAUGCUCCCCCGAUUAUCAGGGCCAUUGCUAAAGAUAGUGUCUUAUCUAGGUGCAAGAUAAUUGCUGAACCAUGGGAUUGUGGAGGCCUUUAUCUUGUUGGAAAGUUUCCUAACUGGGAUCGGUGGGCAGAGUGGAAUGGUAUUUAUCGUGAUGAUAUAAGAAGAUUUAUAAAGGGUGAUGCUGGCAUGAAAGGAAGCUUUGCAACUAGAGUUUCAGGCUCUGCUGACCUUUUUAAGGUUAACAAGCGAAAGCCAUACCAUGGUAUCAACUUUGUCAUUGCACAUGAUGGCUUUACACUGUAUGACCUUGUGUCAUACAAUAAUAAGCACAAUGAUGCCAAUGGGGAAGGUGGAAAUGAUGGAAGUAAUGAUAAUUUUAGUUGGAAUUGUGGAGUUGAAGGAGAAACAUCUGAUACCAAUAUAAAGGCGAUUCGUUCAAGACAAAUGAAAAAUUUCCACCUUGCGCUGAUGAUAUCCCAGGUGUCUAAUGCAUUAUCUACCCAUGCAAUGACCAGGGUUUUAUGUGUUGCUUAACCGCAACAGAUGAUAUUCCUUUAGAGCUGUCACGAAUCCAUGAAAAAAUAGUCUCUUGGGUUUGUUUGUGUGCAUGCACAUGCGUUUUUUUUUGGGCAGCUUGGAGGAGAGAAAGUACUUUUUGCUCUGAUGUAGUUUCAUUUCUUUAUAUUGUUUAUUUUACCUUACUGCUAUGAUCCCUUUUCCCCUUAUUAGAAGACUUUAGCCGAGCCCUGCUUGCACUGGAAUACGCUUCUUUACUUCUUUGGUUGCAUAUCAUUAGGGGACUCCAAUGAUGCUAAUGGGGGAUGAGUAUGGUCAUACCCGGUAUGGAAAUAACAACAGCUACGGACAUGAUACAGCCAUUAAUCAUUUCCAAUGGAGUCAGUUGGAAGCAAGGAAGGAUGAUCACUUCCGAUUCUUCUCAGAGCUGAUAAGCUAUCGCCUGAGCCGUCAACAUUUUAGAAGAGAGAGUUUUAUUGGCAAUAAGGAUGUGACUUGGCAUGAAGAUAAUUGGGACAAUCCUGACAGUAAAUUCCUUGCAUUUACGCUCCAUGAAGGAAACGGAGGAGACAUAUAUUUGGCAUUCAAUGCGCAUCACUACUCUGUUAAAGCAACAUUACCUUCACCACCGAAUAACAAACAGUGGUACAGAGUGGUGGACACAAACCUGGAGUCUCCGAGUGACUGUGUUCGGGAUGGUGUUCCGGGCAUUGGUGGAAAAUACAACGUUGCACCUUACUCUGCAAUCCUCCUAGAAGCCAAACGUUAAUCAUGCUGGGAUUCAGUUGUUGAUAAGAUCCGGACCUAUUAUAAGUUUUUUUUUUAUAUUAUAAAAGCUUUGUUUGGUAACCGCGUUUUCAAUUAGCGUUAGCGUUUUGGAUAGAAUUUUAAUGGUGCAGAUUAAUUCUGAAAACUCUAACGCUAAAGACUACCGUUGGAUAGCCUUUUCAAAACGCAAACGCUAAUCUCUGACGCUGAUGCCAAACGGGGCCAAAGUCUGGGUUCGGAAUACGUAAUUUUGGACUCGAUGAAACCCGACUAUAUAUUGAGUACAUAAAUAAUGAAUUAGUGAUUUUAAAUUUUUUAACAAGAGAAUAGAAACAAAUAAUGUAUUUACACUUUA